UCCGAGCAGGCCAAACCGCGCGCGUCCUCCGCGCAUUACUCCGAAAACCCGCGACCCCCUGGCCACCCGAUGAAUUAACCAUGACUCGCCACGCCACGCCACUCACCACAGUGUCCCACUAGUUGUUUAUGUGACAAACCCGCCGAUGCGCCGGUAAACAACCGGUCCAGAUAGGGAGGCUGUGCCGGUCUCACGCCUGAGCCCACUCUGACUACGGAGGAAUGCGGUAAUUUUAACUACUGCGGAGCCGCACCGUUCACUGUUAGGGAUCGACGGAUUACUGCCCACAAUAAGGCCCGUGCCGGCGGUCGAAUGCAGCUGCUGGUGAUGCAUCAACGAUGAGUCGCCGUGCGCGGCCGUGACAUGGGAGCGCAGGCAUGGGCUGGCGCGCCGUGGCACCGCCGCACAUCGCCGCCGGCUUGCUCCUCCUGCUGCUAGUUAACCUGCCAGUGACCUGCCACCAAGACCACCAAGAUGCUGUGCACAUCACGGCAAUCCUCGGCGAAAGCGUCGUAUUCAACUGCCAGGUGGACUUUCCUGAAGACAUCCCGGUGCCGUACGUGUUGCAGUGGGAGAAGAAGGUAGGCGAAACGGGACAGGACAUCCCGAUCUACAUCUGGUACGAGAGCUACCCGACGCACAGCGGGGAGGGGUACGAGGGAAGGGUGUCGCGCGUCGCGCCCGACUCCCCAUAUGGCGCAGCUAGCCUCAACCUCACCAAUAUCCGCGAAUCCGACCAGGGUUGGUACGAGUGUAAGGUGGUGUUCCUCAACCGGUCACCGAACCAGCACAAGAACGGCACGUGGUUCCACCUCGACGUGCACGCGCCACCGCGCUUCUCCAUCACACCGGAAGAGAUUAUAUACGUUAAUUUAGGAGACGCUAUCAUCCUCAACUGCCAGGCGGAGGGCACGCCCACGCCCGAGAUCCUAUGGUACAAAGAUGCGAACCCGGUGGAGCCGUCGGGCACCGUCGGCAUCUUCAACGACGGCACCGAGCUGCGCAUCAGCAACAUCAGGCACGAGGACAUCGGCGACUACACGUGCAUCGCGCGCAACGGCGAGGGCCAGGUGUCGCACACCGCGCGCGUCAUCAUCGCUGGAGGCGCGGUCAUCACUAUGCCACCAACGAAUCAGACGAAGCUAGAAGGAGAGAAGGUCCAAUUCUCAUGCGAGGCGAAAGCUCUGCCGGGCAACGUGACCGUGAAGUGGUUCCGCGAGGGGGCGCCAGUGGCGGAGGUGGCGGCCCUGGAGACGAGGGUCACCAUCCGAAGGGAUGGCGCCCUCGUCAUCAAUCCGGUGGCGGCCGAUGACUCGGGGCAGUACCUCUGCGAGGUCUCCAACGGAAUUGGGGACCCGCAGAGCGCAUCUGCGUAUCUAAAUGUUGAAUAUCCAGCUAAAGUGACAUUCACACCUACAGUGCAAUAUUUGCCGUUUCGGUUAGCGGGCGUAGUGCAGUGCUAUAUAAAAGCAAACCCACCACUUCAGUAUGUGACGUGGACGAAAGACAAGCGAUUGCUUGAGCCGUAUCAGACGAAGGAUAUAGUUAUAAUGAACAAUGGGUCGUUGUUGUUUACUCGCGUCAACCAAAACCACCAGGGCAGGUACACGUGUACCCCCUAUAAUGCUCAGGGGACUCAGGGUUCUUCGGGUCCCAUGGAAGUGCUAGUACGAAAACCUCCAGCAUUUACCGUGGAACCAGAACCUUUGUACCAGAGAAAGGUCGGCGAGUCAGUAGAGAUGCACUGUGAAGCUCAAGAGGCCGAAGGUACGCAGCGUCCAAGCGUGCAGUGGCGGCGGCGGGACGGCCUGCCUCUACAGAAGAGCCGGGUACGAGCACUGGGCGGGAACAUCACCAUCGACACACUGCGCCGCCAGGACUUCGGCAUCUACCAGUGCGUCGCUUCCAACGAGGUCGCCACGAUAGUAGCGGACACGCAGCUGGUGAUCGAGGGCACGCAGCCGCACGCGCCGUACAACGUGUCGGGCACCGCCACGGAGUUCCAGGUCACGCUGCGGUGGCACCCCGGCUACGCGGGCGGGCCCGACUACAAGCAGGACUACACCAUCUGGUACCGGGAGGCUGGCUUCUCCGAGUGGACCAAAGUGCCAGUCACGCCGUCGGGAGCUACCUCGGUAACCAUAAAUCGGCUGCAGCCAGGGACCACGUACGAGUUCCAGGUGAACAGCAAGAACACGAUCGGCGAAGGCAUGAUGAGCAAAGCGAUCACUAUCAGAACGUUAGAUGUAGGCGCCAAGCCGAAGGCGGCGCCCACGCCUCCAGGGCCCGUAGACGAAAAGAUAUUUCAGAACGCACCCGAAGGCUCUGGUCCAAAAUCGGGUCCGCCUCGGAACCUGACGGUGACGGAGGUGCACAACGGGUUCCUGAUCACGUGGCAGGCGCCGCUGGAGCGGGCGCACCUGGUGCAGUACUACACUAUCAAGUACCGCACCGACGCGCAAUGGAAGACGCUCAACCGGGGGCAGAUCCGCCCCGAGGAGACGAGCUAUUUGGUUAAGAAUCUAGUCGGCGGUCGGACGUACUACUUCAGAGUGUUGGCCAACUCGGCCACCAGCUACGAGAGUUCCGAAGAGGUGAAGUUCCCGGUGCCCGCGCGGGUGAAGCACAAAGCGAUAACAGCGGGCGUGGUCGGCGGGAUCCUGUUCUUCAUCGUCGCCAUCAUCCUGUCCGUGUGCGCGGUGAAGAUCUGCAACAAGCGCAAGCGCCGCAAGCAGGAGAAAGAAAUUAUCCGGUUGCAGCAUACAACAUGGUAGCCGCGCGGCUCACAGACCUGCGCGCCGCCGACAGCACUCAAGUGCCUUUUAAGAAAUUUAGAGAACGCGGAAUAUCGAGUAUAGUCCAGUGUCUACGGUUCACCGCGAACUGGAUAUGGCCGGCUUCGCGAUGCGGCGGAGAGGCC